GGGGGGCGUUGCACAGGAGCUGCACAGGUGGGGCUGUUUGCAGGGGGGGGGGGGGGGGGGUGUUUUGCAGCCACCCCCCGGAAGCAGCGCCGUGAGCGAACCACCUUCACACGGGCACAGCUGGACAUCCUGGAGGCGCUGUUUGCCAAAACGAGGUACCCCGACAUCUUCAUGAGGGAGGAGGUGGCCCUGAAGAUCAACCUGCCGGAGUCCCGCGUGCAGGUGUGGUUCAAGAACCGCCGCGCCAAGUGCCGCCAGCAGCAGCAGCAGAGCAGCGGGCAGCCCAAGGCUCGGCCGGCCAAGAAGAAGCCGUCCCCGCCCCGGGAACCGCAAAGCGACGCCGGGGGCGCCGGGCCGUACAGCCCCUCCCAGCCCGGCCCCGCGGGGACCCCCGGCCCCGCCGCCCCGGUGUCCAUUUGGAGCCCGGCUUCCAUCUCCCCGGUGCCGGACCCGUUGGCCGCCGGCAGCGCCCCGGGUUUGCCGCGUUCCGCUCCGUUCUCCGCCGCUCCCUACAACCAAACGGCGCCCUACGGGCAGAGCUACGGGGGCUCGGCCGCCUAUUUCGGGGGCCUGGACUGCGGGCCGUACCUCUCCCCCAUGCAUCCUCCGCUGGGGGCUCCCGGAGCGGCUCUCAGCCCCCUGGGGGCACCCAUGGGCGCUCACCUGGCGCCCUCCCCCGCCGCUCUGUCCGGGCAGAGCUUUGGG